CCGACAGAGAAGCACUAUCGUGUGUAAGAUGACAGCAAGCGCUACUAUCGAGUUUUGUAUAUUGCUCUAAUGAAGUAUGGUAAACCAACCCUGAUUCAGUGUUAAUUUUUGUUGGUACAAGAGAUAUCUUGAGAAACGCCUGCGGUUUCCCACCACACGAAUCUGCACUAGCGGAGCGCCGUUCGAUUUACCUGGUGGCCGGGCGCCUUGGAGACGGACGAGCGGGCAGGACGCUUCGGCUGAAUUCAGUUUCGUUUUGUUGUUGUGUAAUGUUCACAUCCACAUCGUAGAGUAUAAUCAGCACACUGAUGACAUGUUUAAGGCAAAGAUACUGGUUAUCGGACCAAGUGAGAGCGGCAAGACGGCACUGUCCGACUUUCUGUCGGAUGCCACUGAGACUAUAGGAGGCGAGUACCGGCCGACACAGGGCGUCAGGAUUCUGGAAUUUGAGUCGCAAACUUUGGAUGCCAGUGACAAAAACGCGACCCUCGACGUGGAGCUGUGGGAUUGUGCUGGAGAUUUUAAGUUUGAAUCCUGUUGGCCUGCGCUGAUGAGAGAUUCCAAUGGGGUACUAAUUGUGUUUAAUCCGGACGUGUCCAGCCACCUGAGAGAAAUGGAGACCUGGCAUUCGUCUUUCGUUUCCUCGCAGGGAAUGCAGGAGAGCCAGUGUCUCCUGAUUGCACACCACAAGCCAGGAAGCUCAGCUGACAGGGGACACCCAGCGCUCGCCUCACAUUUAAGCAAACUCUCCAUGAUCCACUCCAACCUGGAGGAGGACCCAGAGCAAAUGAGACAGGCGUUCCGGAGAUACCUGGGAUCCAUAGUGAGGAUGAUGUCGGAAAGCCGUGAGCGUGAGGAGAUGUCAAUCAUCACAUAGCAUCAACGGAGCUAAGCACAAUGGAGACUGGUCCAUACUGUGGCAAACUUCGAUAUUAAAUGUUUCGAUCACUGCUUGUCAAUCA